UGAGGUCCUAUCAGGGAAAAUUACUUUGGAGAUCAGGAGAAAGUUGAUCCCAUUUUGUGUUUCAGUAGAAAACCCAGAGAAAAUGCAUACUGAAUACCCAGCAGAGGAAGGAAGAAGAAAAGCUCCUCAUGGUGCUCACCCUGAGGCCACAGAAUUAAAAAAUGGACAGAAGAACCUGGAGGAAGAAGCGGUCAGUUUGCACGAUCAGUGCCAGUGUUUCAGGGACUUCCAGUAUGAGGAGGCCCAGGGACCCCGAGCGCUUUGCAGCCAGCUCCACCACCUUUGUGCUCAAUGGCUGAAACCAGAAAGGAGCACAAAAGCUGAGAUGCUGGACCUGGUGGUCCUCGAGCAGUUCCUGGCCAUCCUGCCCCUGGAGAUGAAGAGCUGGGUGCGGGAGUGCGGAGCAGAGACCAGUUCCCAGGCAGUGGCCCUGGCCGAGGGCUUCCUGCUGAGCCAAGGAGAGGAAACAAAACAGGAAAAAUUGCAGGCCCAGGGAUCCCUCAUGGGAGUGAUCUCUGAAAGCCCCAAGGCAGGACAGCAUCCAUCUCAGGAGCUAAUCUUCAACCGGAUUUCCCAAGAAGGUCCAAGUCAGAACCUCUUAACAGGGAACAAAACAGCGUCGCUGGUAUUUGCAGAAUCGUCUCCUUUUGAUAAAGCAGAAACAACAUCUGUGCCUGUAGCUCUGAGUCAUGUAUCCUUCCAGGAAGUGGCUGUCUUUUUCACUGAAGAAGAGUGGACCCUACUGGAUCCCCAUCAAAAAGCUCUGCAUGGGGAGGUCAUGCUGGAGAAUUCAAGGAAUGUAACUUCUCUAGGUGAUGGGCAAGAAAAUAAGAAUAAUGAGAAGACAAAGAUGUGGCCAUUUCAAACAGUCAGGUACGAAGGGCAAGAGGAGAUGUUUCAAAAUACAUGGAGACCAGAACAAUGUGGGGACAACCAAUCAAGCAGUCGGGGUGAGGAGUUCUCGGCUACUCAAACUGUGGAAAUACAGGACUUCCUGAUCCAAGAAAAUCACAAGGGAAAGAAAAAGGGAGAGAAUCCAGGGCAUGCAGGACUAUUCAUAGAUAAACCUGAUAGAAGCCAACAUUGCCGAAUCCACACAAAACAGAAAGCUUAUGAAUGCAGAGAGCAUGUAAAGAACUAUUAUCAGAACUUCCCUCUGACUUUAUAUCCGAGCGUUUCCACAGAAAACAAACCAUAUAAAUGCGUGGAGUGUGGGAAAAACUUCAGUCACUCCAGUUCUCUUACGUCCCAUAAAAGGAUCCACACAGGGGAGAAGCCAUACAAAUGCAUGGAGUGUGGAAAGAGCUUUAGACGGAAUACUGACCUGACAUCUCAUAAAAGGGUCCACACAGGGGAGAAACCAUUUAAAUGUAUGGAGUGUGGAAAGAGCUUUACUAUGAGCAGUAAUCUUACGUUGCAUAAAAGGAUCCACACAGGUGAGAAACCAUUUAAAUGCAUGGAGUGUGGAAAGAGCUUUAUUCAAAGAGGUCACCUUACUUGCCAUAUGAGGAUCCACACAGGGGAGAAACCCUAUAUGUGCAUGGAGUGUGGAAAGUGCUUCAGAUGGAGCAGCCACCUGCCCAACCAUAUGAGGAUCCACACAGGGGAGAAACCAUAUAAAUGUAUGGACUGUGGAAAGUGCUUCAGAGACCGCAGUGCCUUUCAGUCCCAUAGAAGGAUCCACACAGGGGAGAAAUCCUUAAAGUGCAUGGAAUGUGGGAAGACUUUCAGGGGGAGUACUGAUCUUACAAUUCAUAAAAGGAUCCACACAGGGGAGAAACCCUAUAAAUGCCUUGAGUGUGGAAAGAGCUUCAGUAGGAGCAGUCACCUUUCUUCCCAUAAAAACAUCCACCCGGGUGAGAAGCCAUUUAAAUGUAUGGAGUGUGGGAAGAGCUUUACUCAGAGCUGUUACCUUACCUACCAUAAAAGGAUCCACACAGGGGAGAAACCCUAUAAAUGCCUGGAGUGUGGAAAGAGCUUCAGCAGGAGCAGUCACCUUUCUUCCCAUAAAAACAUCCACCCCAGGGAGAAACCAUUUAAAUGUAUGGAGUGUGGAAAGAGCUUUACUCAGAGCUGUUUCCUUAUUUCCCAUAAAAGUAUCCACAUCAGGGAAAACCCAUAAAAAUACUGGGAGUGUUCUGUAUCUUGUAGUUUUUAAAUUUUUGCAAGCUGCCUUGAGUGUUUACAGAAAUAGAAAGGCACGGUAUAAAUGUAAUAAUGAAUAAAAAAAUAAU